UCACCGUCUUGUUGAUAUAAACAUUGGUGGUCCACGAAUUGCAGGUUUUAACAGUAGUUGUGGCGUCGAAACGAUAAAUGUUGGGGUUUAUGGGACUCUGAAUAUGCCUCAGACGUAGGAAAUGUCUGUUCUGCGCAGAGCUAAAACAUGGGAAAUAUCUGAAUCUGAGGAUAGCGACGCCGAGACAAAAUGCGAUUUAAACCGCCAUGACAGCAGUCAGACAGCACCAGUCAGCAGUACUGCUCCAGAAGAAUCUCAAAGUUUAGACCACAAGUGCAAAGCUCUUAAACAACCUACAAUCAAAGCUGAAAAGUCAGGUGAAACUUCUUCCUUAUCUCCUCCACGACGAAGUGGACGCGGAGGCACACCGAGUCCUGCAAGAAAACGCCGCACUCAGGAGGAGAUAGAGGCGGACAGAGAGAGAGCCAGGGAGCGGAGGGAGGAGAGGGAGAGGCAGAGAGCAGCCAGAGUCCGGGAGAAAGAGGAGAGGAGGCAGGAACAGCAGAGGAGGAGAGAGGCGGCAGAGAACCUAAAGAGUUUACGGCCGGAGAACUGCCUGAAGAGUCUGACAGUCCUCAUAGAUUCAGCUCUCUACCAGCAGGUUGGUUGCCACAACUUAUUUAAAACCUUGGUUGUACUUGGAUGGAGGUUUGGCAUCAAGAACCAGGAGCUCCCAUGCAGCAUCACCUGGACCAGAGACUUGCCCCAGCAAGGGGACGAUGGAAAUGGCUUGGUGGAAGAGGAGCAAGUGGUUCUGGUGCUGAAUCUGUCUGAAUUCAUGGACAUAGUGAUCUCUGUGAAAAAUAUGCUGGACAGUGAAGGGGAGGAUACAAGGACGAGGUCUGUCCUCAGUCCUCUUUUGGAGUGUCUCAACCGUGAUGCUAAGAAGGUGUUCACUCUCAUAGUAAUAGACUUCCAGUCGGACAACAGGGCAGAAGCUCAUCGUGUGCAUUUAUUGGAUGAGACACUCCAAGCCAAACUGGGACUGGAGACUGUAGAUAUGGAGGAGGUUCUCGUCUACUUACAGCUCUGCAAAAAUAUCUCAGUGUUGUUCCUGGGAGGCUGGCGGGGCGUCACUGAUCACGUGUGUGCUGUCACCAAAGCCUUAUCAAAACGCCCUUUCAAACUGCUGACGGAGCGAGCAGAACUCCCUUUCUGUGUGGACGGAUCCUGGGCCAGCGGGGCUAGGGUAGAAAGAGACGGCUCAGGGCUGAUGCAAGUCUGGAGCAGACAGAUCCAACAGCUGAACAGAGUUAGUCCUGCUGUGGCCUCAGCUGUGACAGAUGCCUAUCCUUCACCUCAGUUGCUCAUGCAGGCAUACCAGAGUCUGGCAUCAGAGGAGGAGAGAAGGGGGCUGCUGGCUGGUCUGUUGGUGAAAAGUGGAGGUAAAGAAAGACGUGUGGGACCUGAGAUUUCAGCCAGAGUCUACCGCUGCUUCACUGCACAGAAUCCCCAGCUGGUCCUGGACUAAUGUGUCUACUGAAACAAGUGUGUCACCUCUUGGCUGCUAAUGUGUUGAUGUUUACAGGCUAAAAAUAAGCUGAAGAUAUCAUGUUUACCUUAUAGAAGAGCACUUUUUUUUUUAAACAGUACAGCUAACUAAUUUUGAAGAAUUUACUCAUACAGAAUCUUAAUCAUGUGCAUUAUUUUGAUUAGAUUCUCUGUUCAAACAUAAAUGUGAAAAAUGUCCUAUAAAAAUGAGCAGCAACAGAAAA